AUAAACCUACUCCUAGCAAUAACAACAAACACCAUACUAGCAUGCCUGCUCAUACUAAUCGCCUUCUGACUCCCUCAAUUAAACACGUACUCGGAAAAGAUCACCCCCUACGAAUGCGGAUUCGACCCCAUGGGAUCGGCACGACUACCAUUCUCCAUAAAAUUCUUCCUAAUCGCCAUCACGUUCCUACUAUUCGACCUAGAAAUCGCACUACUCCUGCCACUCCCCUGAGCAUCACAAACAAACAACCUAGGCACCAUAAUCACCGUAGCCUUGGUCCUCAUCCUACUGCUAGCAAUUAGCCUGGCCUACGAAUGAACACAAAAAGGCCUAGAAUGAACUGAGU